AUGUCCAUUGAAUCUCAUGCCCAAGAAUUAAAAGCUGCCUUGCAUCAAUAUCCAAACUUCCCAAGCGAAGGUAUUCUUUUUGAAGAUUUCUUACCAAUCUUCCAAAAUCCAGUUCUAUUCAAGAAGCUAGUUGAUGCCUUCAAGAUGCAUUUGGAAGAAAAAUUCAAGGGUACCAAAAUUGACUACAUCAUUGGUCUUGAAUCUAGAGGUUUCCUAUUCGGCCCUUCAUUGGCUUUAGCCAUGAACGUUGGGUUUGUUCCAGUGAGAAAGGAAGGUAAAUUACCAGGUGAAUGUGUCAAAGCCAUUUACGAAAAGGAAUAUGGUUCUGAUGUCUUUGAAAUGCAAAAGGAAGCCAUUCCAGCAGGUUCUAAUGUUGUUAUUGUUGAUGAUAUCAUCGCUACUGGUGGAUCCGCUGCAGCUGCUGGUGACUUGGUAAGUAAGGUUGGUGCUAAAGUCCUAGAAUUUGAUUUUGUUAUGGAAUUGGAUUUCUUGAAAGGUAGAGAAAAGUUGCAAGCUGGUGUGUUCACUUUGUUGAGUGGUCAAGCUGAAGCUUUGGAGAAGAAAUAG